AUGAAGACCAGUGCCGAAAUCUACGAAGCAAACCAGAUCGCCGUUGCCAAGGCAAAAAGGCGGAUCGGCAGUCACAAACGCCUUGGGUCCAUGACGCCCACGUCAAAUCACCUUCCGCACGCCAAUCAGCCUCGCUGGACAUCUUCGGACACAAUGCAACAACAUUCCGAUGACAGCAAGUUCUACAAAGACGAACACUCAUACAGUUCCCCCCUUUCAAAAACCACGUCAGCGAUCACCCUCAACACCGAGGCCUAG